AUGCUGAUAUCCUAUCCCCAAUCUUGCAUUUUUAUCAACUCGUGCAAUCUGAGCUACGUCAGUCGCAAGAUAGCUAAGCGAGUGAUUGACUACAGCCAUCAUGUCGCCUUUCAUGAGCGAGGAGCGUACAGACGCGCUGGACGUCGACGAGCUGCUGUCCAAGCUCACAACAGACGAGAAGAUUUCUCUACUCUCAGGCAAGCAACAACUACUCCAUCUCCACCAUCUAUCAAUACUAACCCUCGGCCUCUGGCAGGCAAGGACUUCUGGCACACAACACCGAUACCCCAACACGGCAUCCCGUCGAUACGCCUCUCGGACGGACCCAACGGUAUACGCGGUACAAGAAUCUUCGAUAGUGUACCUUCGUCAUGUCUCCCUUGCGGUACAGCCUUGGGCGCAACCUUUGAUACAGACCUGCUGGCCCAGGUCGGCCGAUUGCAAGGACAUGAGGCCAAGGCGAAAGGGGCCGUUGUCGUGCUUGGCCCAACAAUGAAUAUCCAGAGAGGCCCCUUAGGUGGCCGCGGCUUCGAGUCCUUCUCAGAGGACCCUGUACUGUCUGGUCACCUGGCUGGAUACUACUGUCGAGGCUUGCAGCAGGAGAACAUUGCAGCCACGCUCAAGCACUUUGUCUGCAACGACAUGGAGGAUGAGCGCAUGGCUGUGAAUAUCAUGGUCACUCAGCGUGCCCUGCGCGAGAUAUAUCUGCUACCAUUCCAGCUUGCCCUUUCCAUUGGCGAUCCCCAGGCUGUCAUGACAGCCUACAACCAGGUCAAUGGCACGCAUGUCUCGGAGAACAAGGAGCUGCUGCAAAGCAUUCUUAGAGACGAAUGGAAGUUUGACGGGCUCGUCAUGAGUGAUUGGUUCGGUACCUAUAGCACGACGGGAGCUAUCGAUGCUGGCCUCGACCUGGAGAUGCCCGGUCCAAGCCGCUGGAGAGGCAGAGCACUUUCUCACGCUGUAAUGGCCAAUAAGGUCACUGAGGCGCAGCUCGAUGAUCGGGUUCGCAACGUUCUCAACCUCAUCAACUACUCCAAGGCCUCUGAAGUUCCCGAGAACUCACCUGAGAAGCAGCUGAACCGUCCAGAGGACCAGGCUCUUCUGCGACGCGUAUCAUCGCAAUCCAUCGUCCUUCUCAAGAAUGAGAACGGCAUACUGCCGUUCACCAAGUCAAAGACAACAGCCGUCAUUGGGCCCAACGCUAAGAUAGCCCGUUUCUGCGGCGGAGGCAGCGCUUCACUCCUCCCUUACUACAGUGUCUCGCCGUACGAGGGCAUCGCCGCUCAGUGCCAGCAGAAGACGCUGUUUUCUCAGGGCGCAACAGACCACCAGAUGCUGCCUCUGAUUGGCAAUUACCUCAAGACGCCCCAGGGCCGGCGGGGCUUCACAUGGAAAGCUUUCAAUGAACCCGCCACAAGUAUAGGCAGAAGGCCAAUCGAGGAGCGUGUUCUAACUGACUCCAACUGUUUUCUCAUGGACUAUCAUAAUCCAGACCUCGCCCCAGUCUGGUACGCUCAAGCAGAAGGCAUCUUCACGCCUGAUGAGAGUGGCCUGUACGACUUUGGCCUCGGGGUCGAAGGCACAGGUAAACUCUACAUCGACGAUGAACUCCUCAUAAGCAAUGUCGAGAACCAGACGAGGGGAGAGACCCUCUUCGGCUCAGGAACUAUCGAAGAGAAGGGUGAGAAGGUGCUUACAGCUGGCCAAGAGUACCGCAUUCGUCUGGAAUGGGGCUGUGCCAAAACCAGCAAACUACCGCCGUUUGGCCCCGUUGGCGGCAAGCACGGUGGUUGGAGAAUCGGCUGUUUCAAGCGGAUUGAUCCUGUCCAGGCUAUUGAAGAUGCUGUUGCAGUUGCCAAGACAGUUGACCAGGUUGUCUUGGUCGUCGGACUGAACGGCGAACUAGAAUCCGAGGGUACUGACCGCACACACAUGGACAUGAGCUACUCCUCCAACACCCUCGUCACCAGAGUUCUUGAAGCAAAUCCCAACACGGCUGUGGUGGUUCAAUCAGGCACACCAGUUACUAUGCCCUGGAUCAACAACGCCAGCGCAGUUUGCCAUGCUUGGUAUGGUGGCAACGAGACUGGAAACGCUAUUGCAGAUGUCUUGUUUGGUGAUGUUAAUCCUGGCGGCAAGCUCCCGCUCACGAUCCCAGCUAGGCUGCAAGACAACCCAACAUUCUUCAAUCACCGCUCCGAAGCGGGACGUGUCCUCUACGGGGAAGAUGUAUACGUUGGAUACCGCUACUACGAGAAGAUAGAUUCCAAGCCUCUGUUCCCAUUCGGACAUGGGCUAUCAUACUCGACCUUUGCACUGAAGGAUCUCAGCGUGCAAGUUGGCGCCACUACCACCAUGAUGGUACAAUUGUCAAACACCGGAUUACGCUCCGGCUCCGAAGUUGUCCAAGUCUAUGUUGCGCCGCCGGCAAAUACUUCGGUUCAACGUCCUGUCAAAGAACUCAAGGCGUUCCGUAAAGUUCACCUGGAGGCAGGGGAGAGUAAGCAGGUCACAAUCGAUCUGGAUACCGUGCUCUCGACGAGCUAUUGGGAUGAAGCACGCGACAAGUGGUGCAGCCAGGCCGAAGUCAUUUCCGAGGACUCAACACUGAUAAUUACAACUACAACCAUUACCCUGUCGAGCCCUCAGUCCAUUCGCAUCGUCACGGCUGAUAACUCGGCAGCUCAGAUCGUAGAGCCUAUACAGGAACUUCUUCGGUCAGUGACAGCUCACGUGGGACCGGCAUGUCUCUUCGGCUCGGCGGGGAAAGCAGCCGAAAAUGGGACCGAAGCCGGGGCAGGUUUAGCGCAACCCCGCGACGAUAAGACAGAAUCGCGCGCCAGUUUUGAGCAACAGUCACAGAUACGUACGGAUAACCUGGCUGGCUCCGGGGAGAAAUCUACCUACUACCCUGAUAUGGACCCCUCAGCAUCUGCAGCUUCCCCAACCUCGAGAAUCGUCAUGCGUCAGGCCUGCGAUGUGUGCCGUCUCAGGAAACGGAAAUGCAGCUUUGGUACAGGCGGUGGCAUACGCUGGACAAAUACGGUUCUUGCGCCAGACCCGACUACGCGAUGUGACAACUGCGAAAAGUCGGAUUCUCAAUGCACAUUUCAAAUGCCGUCCAAGGCCCGCGGCCCCAAGAGGAAGACGGGUUACCGCUACAGCAUUGGCACUGCUCACUCGGCCUCUGCUUCUCCAGAGGUUGAUGCAAGUGACACUGUCAAUGCAUCCAGUCCACUCUCGCCACUGCCAUUCUCCAACCCUGGCCCUUGCGUCCUCGAAGAACUGGCACAGGAGCCUUCUAUCGCCGCCAGCGCUUCGUCUGCAGGUUGUGCACUCCCGUAUCCGACUGAUGUAUUGCUUCCCCGAGACUUGAUUCACUUCAUUCUCAACGAUUAUCUAGUCCAUGUCUACCCAUUGAUCCCUGUGAUACACCGGCCAAGCUUUAAAAUCGACCUCGAACGCAACAGCGACCUGCACGAUGAAAGCUUCCUCAUCCUCAUCAUAUCACUGUGCGCUUUAACAGUCUGCAUCUUGCCGUCGCGCCUACAAAUAUACCAGGACUUCUCCAGUCCUCUGCCAUUCCGAACUCGGACGGAAAUGGUCAACCACUGCCACAAGUUCUGUCAGAGCUUUCGAGAUGCAAGCUACUUCGACACUGUCAGCCAUGAUAAAUGGGCUAGUAGCUUCUUACUAGGUAUAGCAUUCCACCAGGCAGGCAAUACCAAUCAGUGGCGGAUGCUUGAGGUGGAAGCCAUGCAGCUGCUACGCUUGCUAGAAGUGCACCGCGUUUCAAGCUAUGCGGGACUCGAUGCCAUUGAGGUUCAACUGCGGAAAAAGGCCUUUUGGCUCAUGUUUUACGGAUAUGUCCACCAGAUACACAAUUUGCGGAAUGAACGGUUAAUGUUUCUCGAUACCAUGCUUUCAUGCGAGCUUAAUCUCGAAGACCUGAUGCCUGCUCCCGUGGACGACGAGUACAUCUCCUCCAGCGGUCUACUUCCAUGUCCGGAGGACAUAGCCGCAGCCUCUUUAACCGCAGGUUUCAACAUACAUUCCCGCGUCUUCGCGGCUGCGCUGAGACCACCAGGAUCGACUGGAAAACAAACUUGCAUAUGUAACCACUUGACUGACCCCCAGCAACGUCUUGUUUCACUCAGGGAGCGACUGCAUCAUCUCAAAUAUAUGCUUGACACAGUGUCACCUGCAUAUGGAAUCUGGAGCAAAAAGACCACUGCUCCAACUGUCCCGACCUCCGCCGCUACUACAUCUUCUACUGAAGGCGAGGAAGUUGGCAACAUCCAACGUGAGGCUAUUCGUGUCAACAUACAUGUCACACAUUUGUGGCUCCAGAGUACGCUACUAGAUCAGAUCGAUGCACUUGAAAACGAAGUAUCUGCUUCUGCUUCUGCCACACAAGCAUCCAUGAACCUUCCUCCAUUAUCAUCCUCUUCAUCUCCCGUAAAACCAGACACUACAUUCUCCCCUGAACGGGAAAGUAUUUGCCAACAGCUCCUUUAUCUCCUACACUCGUUUUCUCAUUACGGUUUAGAACCGAACGGCCUUUCUCUUGUCAGUAUAAAAGGAUAUUCCAGUGGCUCACUUUGUUUCUCAGCUAACUCUGAUAAAACUGCAGGUUUAUAA